CCACUUUCUUAUAGUGGUAAAGAAGCACAUUUGUUUGGACGAUAUACCGAUCGUUCAUAUAGUUUCGGCGCGCUACUCUGCAUCGUGGUGAGAUUAGGAGUCGAUGUCUCGUAUCAAGGCCAAAAAGACAAGGAAGUUGCGUGGCCACGUAAGUCAUGGCCAUGGACGAGUAGGUAAACAUCGCAAGCAUCCGGGAGGACGGGGAAAUGCAGGUCUUGAACAUCACCAUCGUAUUAACAUGGACAAGUACCAUCCAGGCUAUAUUGGUAAAGUUGGUAUGCGCCAUUAUCAUCUUAAAAGAAACCCCUACUACUGUCCAACAAUUAACCUGGAUAAAAUAUGGUCUUUAGUUUCGCAAGCGACUUACGAAAAGUAUAGAGACUCCACUGAUGGUAAAGCUCCUGUAAUAGAUUGUUUGCGCAAGGGUUAUUUCAAAGUCCUAGGCAAGGGAUAUCUUCCGAAGGUCCCAGUUAUUGUCAAAGCCCGGUUCUUCUCUCGGAAAGCAGAAGAAAAAAUCAAAGCAGUUGGGGGAGCUUGUAUAUUAACUGCAUAAAUAUAAUUUAGCAUUGGA